AUGGCGGAUCGUCUAAAGCAGUUGUACGGGCAGCUCAACUUUCCCAAGGGGCUGCUCGCUGGCCAGACGGCCAUUAUCACUGGCAGCGGACAGGGCAUUGGCGCCGAGGCAGCUCGUCUGUUCGCCAAUGAGGGAGCCAAGGUUAUUGUUUCAGAUAUUGACGGUGCAAAGGCACAAUCCGUAGCAGACAGCAUCAACACCGGCGGCGGCAAGGCUCUGGCAGUUCCGGGCGACAUGCUGGACUCGGCCUACAUUAAGACACUGGUAGCCAAGGCAGCCGAGUUUGGAGGCGGUAAGAUUCACAUCAUUGUCAACAACGCCGGCUACACGUGGGACGGCGUCAUCCACAAGACAACGGACAAGCAGUGGGAUGCCAUCGUCGCGCUCCACGGCACGGCGCCGUUCCGGCUCAUACGCGAGGCCUCGCCCUACUUCCGCGUCAAGGACGGCGAGCCCCGCAGCAUUGUCAACAUUUCAUCCACCAGCGGCGUCCACGGCAAUGCCGGCCAGGCCAACUACGCCUUUGCCAAGGCCGGCGUUACUGGUCUCACCAAAGCCAUCGCCAAGGAAUGGGGACCAAACUUUGGCGUCAGGGUCAACACCAUUGCCUAUGGUCAUAUUGAAACGCGGCUCACCCAAGCCAAGGAGAAGGGUGCCUUUAUCACGGGACCCAAUGGCGAGAAGAUUGCGCUGGGCAUCCCGGAGGCUCAAAAGGCAGCGGCUGGACCUCAGUUGUAUGCGGAUAUUCCCCUGAGGAGGCCUGGAUCGCCGACCGAGGCUGCCAGUGCCAUAUUGGCUAUCGUAAGCCCGCUGUUCUCGUACGUGACUGGCCAGACCAUUAUGGUCACUGGUGGUCGCAACAUGUAA